AAAGUACCUCUGAGCAUGAUUCACGAAGAACAUACACUCUACAGAACUACUUGAACAAUGACUAUAAGUACAAAACACAUAAUUUGCAGUGGAUUUCAGGAAAUCAGUAUCUUCACAAAACAGCUAAUGGGAACAUCCUACUUAUCAAUGCUGACACUGGAGCAUCCACAGUAGUCUUGGCGAAUACAACAAUAGAUCAGUACAAGGCAAGCACAGUUAUACUGUCUCCUGACCAAAAGUUUGCUCUUCUGCAGUACAGCUAUACAAAGUUGUGGAGGCAUUCCUUUACUGCUUCAUAUCACAUCUAUGAUUUCAAUAGCAGUUCUAUUGUAGAUGAUGGACAACUACAUAAUGAUACACAAUAUAUAUCCUGGUCACCUGUUGGACAUAAACUGGCGUAUGUUUGGAAUAAUAAUGUUUACGUAAAAGCUUCGCCAACAGCACCACCUGUGCAAGUCACUCAAAAUGGAGAAGAAAAUAAAAUUUUCAAUGGAAUACCAGAUUGGGUUUAUGAAGAGGAAAUGUUUGGCACCCAUUCUGCUCUGUGGUGGUCUCCAAAUGGGGAUUUUGUGGCAUUUGCAGCCUUUGAUGAUACAGAAGUUCCUGUUAUAGAGUAUUCCUUUUAUUCUGAGGACACCUUGCAGUAUCCAAAGACCAUUAGAAUCCCAUAUCCCAAGGCAGGAGCUACAAAUCCAACUGUGAAAUUCUUUAUUGUGGAUACCAGAUCACUUCCAGAUUUCAAACUUCUUGAAAUUUCUCCACCUGAAGAAAUAAAAUCAGUGAAUCAUUAUUUGAGUGCUGUAACAUGGGUGACAGAUCAAAGGAUUUGUCUGCAGUGGCUCAGAAGAAUUCAGAAUUUUUCAGUCCUCACAGUCUGUGACUUUGAAAAUGGUAAUUGGUCAUGUCCACAGGGAAAACAACUUACAGAAGAAAGUGCAACUGGCUGGAUUGGCAGAUUUCAGCCAUCUGUCCCUCACUUUGCACCUGACAAUACUACCUACUACAAAGUCUUCAGCAAUGCAGAAGGUUACAAGCACAUCCAUUACAUAAAUGGCUCACAGGUGAGUAAUAACGCUCCAGUACCUAUUACUUCAGGAAAAUGGGAAGUAAUCAGCAUAGAAGCUGUAACCAAUAAGUUUUUGUAUUACAUUAGCAAUGAAAAUGGUGGAAAGCCAGGAGGAAGAAAUCUUUAUAAAGUGCUCUUGGAAAGCAGUCCAAAUUCUACUAAAUGUGUUAGCUGUGAUCUGAAUCAAGAAAGAUGCCAGUAUUAUUCUGUGUCCUUCAGCAAAGAUGCACAGUAUUAUCAGCUAAAUUGUCUUGGUCCAGGCCUGCCUGUGUCUACCCUGCACAGAAGCACUGAUGAUCAAGUCCUCAGAUACUUGGAAAAUAAUACUGAACUGGAAAAUGCAUUGAAAGAUAUUCAGAUGCCUUCAAAAAAAAUUGGCUCCCUUAGUGUAGGUGGAUACAACCUGUGGUAUCAAAUGAUACUGCCUCCCCAUUUCGAUUCAUCAAAGAAGUACCCUCUGCUCCUUGAUGUGUAUGCAGGACCUUGUAGUCAGAAAGUAGAUUAUGCCUUCCAGAUCAGCUGGGCUACAUAUCUCGCAAGCACUGAGAAGAUCAUUGUGGCCAGUUUUGAUGGCAGAGGAAGUGGAUACCAAGGGGAUGAAAUUAUGCACGCAAUAAACCGAAGGCUGGGAACAUAUGAAGUGGAAGAUCAGAUAGCAGCAGCCAGAAAGUUUUCUGAAAUGAGCUUUGUUGAUAAGGACAGAAUAGCUAUUUGGGGUUGGUCUUAUGGGGGAUAUGUGACCUCCAUGGUGCUUGGCUCUGGAAGCGGCGUGUUCAAGUGUGGAAUAGCGGUUGCCCCUGUGUCACAUUGGCAAUAUUAUGAUUCAAUAUACACGGAGAGAUACAUGGGCCUUCCUAUAGAGAGUGAUAAUCUGAAGAGCUAUAAUAGUUCAACAGUAAUGGCCAGAGCUGAAAAAUUCAAGGAAGUUGAGUAUCUCCUUAUUCAUGGAACAGCAGAUGAUAAUGUUCACUUUCAGCAAGCAGCACAGAUUUCCAAAGCUCUUGUUGAUGCUGAAGUGGAUUUUCAGGCAAUGUGGUAUACUGACAAAGACCAUUCCAUCUCCGGUCAAGCACAUAAGCAUAUUUAUACCCAUAUGAGCCACUUCAUAAAGCAGUGUUUCUCACUGUCCUAGCACCAGCAUUUUGCUUCUAAGUGAUGGUACUUCUCCAGAAAACUCUUCAGAUAAUGUACUGUGAGCCAGUAUAAACUUUUAAUGAAU